AUGUGCCCACCUUGCCCAAAUUGCCACUCCAACUCGUCCGGUCAACUCGAGCUUCAACUCGACGAUACUUCUAACAUCGACGGCUCUACCUCUCUGACACCGUGUUUGAACGCGACCCGAUACGCCAGUCGAUACAUUUCAAUUCGACCGAUUCGACUCGGACCGCGUGGCGCUAACCGCUGA